AUGUUAUACAGAGAAAACUUCCUUCUUAACCAUAAUCUUCGCACGGCGUCAAAAAAAUCAAGUGGUGCAAGAGAAAAGAGAAAAAGAAAAAACUAUUCUUAUCAAACUAUUCGUACUCUGCCUCCUUUCAUAGUAAUUAGUAAGGUUUUUUGUUUGUUUUUGCGUGUUCUGCUCUGUAUUGCUUCUCCUGUAGGCGUAAGACUUCUUUUGCAGUUGUUGUUUGGAGUAAAAGAAGAACGAAAGAAUGAGCAGUACAGUUCUAAUGUUUGUGUUAUAAAGUUGGAAACUUGCAAACAGAAGUACAUGUUGAUUAGUUUCAAUAAACAACUAAUGUACUUAUAGCUUUACGAAUUGAAAGAAGCUUAAGAUAUGAUAUUCUAGCCAGUUCCUCCAAGUAUUUGGGUCGAUAAAGAAAGAAAGAAACUGAUGCGACAGCCAGUUAUUGAAAUUUAAAGGCUGCAUAAGCAGGUUACUCUUCUAAAUAAGGAUAUUAGAGGGUUUGGUACUAGAAGUGUAUGGUGUAGCGGCCUCUCAAGUAAGUUCUUAACUUAUCUAGCUAUGCUUUGAUAAAUCAGUUUCUUCUCGCCAUUGUACAAGUUCAAAACACUUUUUGGUGAUGACAAAACUUGGCUACCAACUAGUUAGAUUAAUAUUUUUUCGAAUUUAGGAUUUUGUAAGUCCAUGUAUUGUUUCAAAAUGUAAUCAUAUUCUGUUAAUC